CGGUGUCAUUAUUUUGCAAUCAAUUCUCAAGGUAUUUUGCACAUUUGCACUCCAGAAAAAGGCAGAAAAUAAGCAAUGCAGCGACAGAUGGUAAAUAUCCUGGGACAGACGACGCGUCGAUUGGUCGGUGGCCAGCAAUUCCGGCCGUUGUCAGUUUCCUCGCAGCGCCAGGAGAUCUUCAAAGUCCAAAGUGUCGAGGACUUCGACAAGAAAGUGAAGAACAGCCAGCAGCCCGUGAUUGUGGACUUUUUUGCAACAUGGUGUAAUCCGUGCAAGCUGCUGACCCCAAGAAUCGAGAGCAUUGUGGGCGAACAGGCGGGUUCCAUCAAAUUGGCCAAAGUGGAUAUAGAUGAGCACAGCGAACUGGCUCUGGACUACGAUGUGGCCGCCGUGCCCGUCCUGGUGGUGAUGCAGAAUGGCAAGGAGGUGCAGCGCAUGGUGGGCCUCCAGGAUGAGGACAAAAUCCGCGCCUGGGUUGCCGCCGCCGUCAAGCAGGCAAAGUAGGAUCUUAAGCCCCAGGAAAUCCCCCCAAAAAAAAUAUGAAGCCAAGCUUUAAGUUAAUUCGGACUUUCGAAAUAAAUGUUUAAUUACCCCGUUGAAACAACAAAA